GCAACACCCGCAGAGAGAAAAAACCGUCAUAACGUAACAGAACUCAAACUGAAUCCUGAACACUGAACACUGAACUGCACCCAAACCCGAAAAUCACUAACAAAAAAAAAAAAAAUAGCUUCCUUUCUCUUCUUCCUCCCGUUCCUUCUUUUCCUACCCCUCACACUCACUUUCCUAGCCUCCUUCCUUCCCAUCGUUUCUUCUUCCUCCGAACCUGAGCCCGAACCUACCGCUUCCAAACCUACUCACACCACGAUGGACUCGUUGAUCGGACUCGUCAACCGUAUUCAGCGUGCAUGCACCGUCCUCGGCGACCACGGCGGCGACUCCGCUCUCCCUACACUCUGGGAGGCUCUUCCCUCUGUCGCCGUCGUCGGCGGCCAGAGUUCUGGAAAGUCGUCGGUGUUGGAGAGCAUUGUUGGCCGUGAUUUUCUGCCUCGGGGAUCAGGGAUUGUGACUCGGAGGCCUUUGGUGCUGCAGCUUCAUAAAACAGAAGACGGGGUGCAAGAACAUGCGGAAUUUCUUCACUUGCCAAGGAAACGGUUUACAGACUUCUCUAAGGUUCGAGUGGAAAUUGAAGAGGAAACUGAUAGACUUACUGGGAAAUCAAAACAGAUAUCUCAUGUUCCCAUCCAUCUCAGCAUCUACUCUCCAAAUGUUGUCAAUCUGACGCUUAUAGAUCUACCUGGUUUGACGAAGGUUGCAAUAGAGGGGCAGCCUGAAAGUAUUGUUCAAGAGAUUGAAAACAUGAUUUACUCAUACAUUGAAAAGCCUAAUUGCUUAAUUUUAGCUAUUACUCCAGCAAACCAAGAUAUAGCAACAUCAGAUGCGAUCAAAGUUGCCCGACAAGUUGACCCUACAGGUGAAAGAACAUUUGGAGUGUUGACAAAGCUUGACUUGAUGGACAAGGGAACAAAUGCUCUGGAUGUCCUUGAGGACAGAUCAUAUCGUCUUCGAAAUCCUUGGGUGGGAGUUGUAAACCGUUCUCAGGCAGAUAUCAAUAGGAAUAUAGAUAUGCUUGCUGCUAGGCAGAGGGAGUGUGAAUUUUUUGCCACUAGUCCUGAUUAUUCGCACUUGGCCAGCAAAAUGGGUUCGGAGUAUCUAGCAAGACUUCUCUCAAAGCAUCUAGAGUCCGUGAUACGGGCACAGAUCCCAGGGAUUGCUUCUUUAAUUACUAGAAGCAUUGAUGAGCUAGAGGCAGAGAUGGCGCACCUUGGUAGACCAGUAGCAGUUGAUGUUGGGGCCCAGCUAUACACCAUUUUGGAAUUAUGUCGUGCCUUUGAACGGGUAUUUAAGGAGCAUUUGGAUGGAGGGCGACCAGGUGGCAACCGGAUCCAUAUAGUUUUUGAUUACCAGCUUCCAGCUGCAUUGCGAAAGCUUCCACUGGACCGUCACUUGUCACUUCAAAAUGUGAAACGAGUGAUUUCAGAGGCAGAUGGGUACCAACCUCACCUGAUCGCUCCAGAGCAAGGUUACCGGCGUCUCCUAGAGAGUUCAGUUAACUAUUUUAAAGGUCCCGCACAAGCUUCUGUGGAUGCUGUUCACUUCAUACUGAAGGAACUUGUGAGAAAGUCAAUAGGAGAAACUGAGGAGCUGAGGCGCUUUCCAACGCUUCAAGCUGAGAUAGCCGCAGCUUCAAAUGAGGCAUUAGAGAGAUUUCGCGAAGACAGUAAGAAGACGACUCUACGAAUGGUAGAAAUGGAAUCAUCUUAUCUUACUGUCGAAUUCUUUCGAAAACUCCCACAGGAAGUUGAGAAGGGAGGAAAUCCAACUUCGCAAUCGGCAGACCGAUACUCAGAUGGACACUUCCAGAGGAUCGGUUCAAAUGUUUUAUCCUAUAUUGGCAUGGUAUCAGAAACACUGAGGAAUACCAUUCCAAAGGCCGUGGUUCAUUGUCAAGUACGGGAAUCCAAGAGAACUUUACUUGACCAUUUCUAUGUUCAACUGGGCAAAAAGGAGGGAAGGCAAUUGGCUCAGUUGCUUGACGAAGAUUAUACAUUGACAGAAAGGAGGAAGCUAUGUGCCAAGAGGCUUCAGUUAUAUAGGUCUGCAAGGGAUGAGAUUGAUGCAGUUUGUUGGUCGGGUUGAGAUGAAUCAAGUUAUAGAGUUGAGAGUUGAGUGUGUUGACGGUAAAAGGAUUGGUUUUCGUUGCUUACUCUGAUGAUGCCUGAUCAGAGUUAUAGUGGUAUAUAUUUUUUUUUUUUAUCUUUUUAAAUUGAAUACAUGUUGGUUUUCUACCCAUGUUAAGAUUUACACUUCAAAAGCAUUGUUGAAAUUUAAUCCAACUCUUCCUUAUUUGUUCAAGUGACUUUCACCUUUUUAAA